AUGAGGGUCCGUCUCAUUUUUAUGACGAGGGUUCGACCGCACCUCUUUUUGAUGUCGAGGCACUGUCCGAAUUUUGUAUGCAAAUUCUAUGGAGAUGCUAGUGGAAUGUAUGCUCAAGGAAAUGAUGGUGUUGCUGAUGAACUUACUAGAUGCAACUUCUGUGGGAAAAAAACUCACACAUCGUGCAGUGUAGAGGUUCAUGAUCUCCCAAUGAGUUCACAUGAUGGAUCUUUCCGUGGGCUGAAGUGCCAUGAGCUCUAUGGUCAUCAGCAAAAUCUUGGUGUUAAACAUGAAUUGGAAGAUGGAUUUUCAUGGUCUUUUAUUCAACAAAUAGAUGUGUCAGAUAACACGCAUCGUAUACCCAAAAAGGACAAACUGCAGCAGACCAUUUACUUUGGAUCAUUGAAUUGUGGAGACGAGUUUGCGCUGGAUUCAAGGACAAAUCAUUUUCGAGAAGGAAAGAAUGAUGGAGACGAGAUUGCGUUAGCGUUUUUGGACAAACAUGGGGCAGAAGCGGGCAUUCUUACCACCAAGUUGAAUGAGCUAACUUGGAAAUGGGAAAAAGUUCUUUUCUCAUCGUGGCCCGGAGCGGCUGUCAAGUGGGCUAGAGGACAAUGA